AUGAAGGUCCUGAUUCUUUUGGGACUUGUUUUCCUCCUCAUGCUAGCUCAUGGCAGGAUUAUACCAAGGUGUGAAUUUGCAAGAAUCCUGAAGCAAAAUGACGUGGAUGGUGACAGCGGUAUCAGCCUGGCCAACUGGGUGUGCCUGGCAAAAUGGGAAAGUGAUUUCAACACACGAGCCACAAAUUACAACCCUGGAGAUCGAAGCACUGAUUAUGGGGUAUUUCAGAUCAACAGUCGCUACUGGUGCAAUGAUGGCAAGACACCUGGAGCUGUGAAUGCGUGUGGCAUCCCAUGCAAUGCUCUUUUAACAAAGAAUAUCACCACAGCUAUAAAAUGUGCAAAGAGGGUUGUUCGUGAUCCCAAUGGCAUUCUGGCAUGGGUGGCAUGGAGAAACCAUUGCCAAGGAAGGGAUGUUUCCUCUUAUAUCAGUGAUUGCCGUCUUUAGACUGCUGGAUUCCAAUUCUUCACCUGGUCUUGAUUUCUCUUCAUUUGAAGUAGCUUUUUCAGUUAAAUGUUGUAAUCCCUUAAUAAAAUGUUCUCAAAUAAAGCAGACUCAGAAAGACACAA